AUGGGUAACAAAAACUCAUCAAACUCAAAAGUACAUUUCAAGACAAAAAAGGUUUCUUCAAUAGAACAAAACAUGACGCGAUUUCGAACAAAACAAGGUCAUAGAAUCAAAGGUCAGGCAAUACUAAGAGAUGAUGAAUUUAUAGGGAAACACAAAAUAGAUACACCGCUUGAUAAUGAUGAAACAUUCAGUAAUUUCAUUCGACGUGCUAAGUAUAAAAUUCGAACCGUCACAAUGUCCAAGUCCAACAUUGAUAGGGAGGAGAGUAACAACACUGUACCAGCAGAUUAUGAGAACUACAUCAAACAUUCGAAAUAA